ACAGAGGGAGAGGCUGUCUUUGGAGUUGGAUGUGUUGUUGUUCACUGUCUUUGUGCAGACUAUGACAUUCACUAUGUCGCUCUUUCUUCUGCUGCUGCUGGUCUGCAGCACCCAGGCUUCUCAUUUUUAUGGAACAGUGAUGACUUACUACCCAAAAAACAAUAACGCAAAUGGAUCAAUUACGGUGGACCUUCACUAUAAGUUGAACUUCCACUUGUGCUCUCAAUUUGCCACAUGGGCCUGCUUCAGCGGUGAUUGUGGGACUGACAGUGAUGUAGUGUUAAGCGAGGUUGAUGAGGAGAUCGGCACAUUGGAGUGGUGUCAAAAUGAGGGAAUCAUGACUCGCCAAGUUUCCACCAACGCUCCUUUUCAGUUGUGGUUAGCUGGUGGUAACUGGAUAGAUAACAUCGUAAAUGGCAUCAUAAACUGGAGAGCCAUUACUCUGGUGGAGCUGAGGAACCGGUCAGACACCAACCAGGCAAACAGAUCACCCCAGACCACCAUACUGCCAGUUUUGAGAGUUCCUUCAAACUGUCAGAGAGAUUUCAACCUGUUGGCGUUUGACCCUGAUGGAGAUAAAGUUGAAUGCAGAUACGGAAAUGAAGCACUGUCAGAGUGUAACCCCUGCACACCGCCGUCUGUUCUCAACCUCUCACCAUCUUGUACUUUGUCAUUCAGCCCCACCGAUAGCAUUAAUAAAGGUCUGUGGGCUGUACAGCUGGUGAUGGAGGACUUUCCCACACAGAAUAUCACCCUGACUCAAACUAACGGGACACAGACAACAAUAACUACCAUCAACGCUAUAAGCAAAAUACCUGUCCAGUUUGUUUUAAGUGUGGAUCGAGCGGUGCCGUCCUGCACAGAGGGACUCUAUCUGCCCAAGUUUCUGCCUCCAACCCCAGACAACAGAGCUCAGCUGUACGCCCCUGUCAAUCAGACCCUGGAAAUCCGGAUCAAUGCAAAAGCAAAUAACUCCACGAUUUCUGAUCUGCUGUUCAGCGGGCCGUACAAUAUGAACCGGAUUAUACUGGGAGCUGGACAGUACAUCCUGAGUUGGACGCCGUCUGAAAACCAAAUUGGAGAAAACCAUCCCGUCUGUUUUGUUGUCCAGGCACUUUUCAAUACAGUCGAGUAUCAAUCGAAACUACGAUGUGUGAUUGUUAAUGUUGGAUAUGACCCAUACCCGAUCCCAAUUUUCAUAGGUCUGAAAAUGAAGGUUUCCGCUCUGUCUUCACUGUCUGAGGACUACAUCUAUGAUAAAAUCAUAGAAAAGAUUACAGCUGAAAUGUUGAGUCAAGGAGUGCCAUCAGACCUACCUCCAAGCCUCAUUAGAGCUGAAAUGUUGAGUCAAGGAGUGCCAUCUGACUUCCCUCUAAGCCUUAUAAGAGCUAAACUGGUGUGACCUGCCAUCAGACCUCCCUCGAAACCUCGUGAAUAGUGGGAAACUGAACUUUACAACCACAGUGACCCCCUCAUCUUGAACAUUUAUUAAAAAAAAUGUAUUCACAGUCGUUGAAAAUUUGAUUUUUACGGAAGCCCUAAGCGGCCAUCCAUUCAAAUAUUUAUUUUACUCCGAUGUAGGAAUCUUGAGAUAACAAACCAUAGCUGAAUACAGGGGUUGGAUCGUGUUUUUCUCUCAGUACAGGACUCAUAAUCCAAGGAUUGUGUAUUUGACUCCUGCUGUCAGCAACUUUUUUUUCCCUCUUUUGUGUGUUUUUUUUACUAUCCUCUUCAACAAAGUUGUUAUGAAGAGAUUCAGCGGUAUCCAAUCAAACAUUUCCUGAUGGCUAUUUCAAAGGUUCAGAAAUAGCUGUCAGGAAAUGUAUAACGUUAAAUGGAUUCACCUGAAUGAGAAGCACAGUAUGUCCUCUGCCUGGGAAUGAUGGGGAAAUGAAAAGUUCAUAGGUUGAUGGAAGUGGACCAAUCUCCACUCUGUUCAUAAGAACUUUGUUGAAGAGGAUUAUGAAAAAGAUUAAAAACUUCUGUGAGGAUCAAACAACUCCAAGAGGAUGAGUCCUGUGCUCUUCUAAGCUAACCCGUGAUACAGAAACACAUAGUAAAAUUACCUUUAAACCACUGUUAAACUACUGUUUUGUUAUCUCGAGAUCACGAGAUAAUUAUCCCGUUAUCAUGGGAAAUCGGAGUAAAAAAAUGUUUCAAUGGAUGGCAGCUUAUGGCUUCUGUAGAUUUUUCUUCUGUGUGGGAUGUACUUUAGGGGACUAAGCCCUGUUUGGGCCGUUUUCUCUAUUUUUACAUUUGGGCUUAUAAACCAUGUGUUAUGGAGUUGUAACACCAUGUGUUUGGUAUCUAUGGAUUCAGAACACCUUAAGCUAACAUAAUCAUGCAUGUAAUUUGUUUAUUAAGGAAGUAUGAGUGAAAAAUGUACAAUAAACUAGAGAAUUUCAAAAACGAAAA